AUGUCAUUAAAGGCGCAGAAAAGGAGAAGGAAAAGGGAAAGACAAAAGGAAAGAAAAAAAGACAGACUCAGUGGCUUACCCGACGAUCUUCUUUUGCAUAUAAUGCAAUUUAUGAUCACAAAACAUUGUGUCCAGACUUGUGUUUUGUCUAAAAGAUGGAAAAACCUUUGGAAAUAUCUCACUAAUAUCAAGUUGCAUUUCAUUAGUGAAAGCAACAGUGUUCUCAUCGAUGAGUUUGUAUCCCAGUUUCUAUCUUGUCGUGACAACUCUGUUCCCCUUCAUAGCAUAUCAUAUAAGAAUUAUGAAAUUCCCCCUAAAACUACUAAUAUUCUUGUAGAGAUCAUGGAAUAUGCUGCGUCCCAUAAUGUUCAACAACUAGUAAUCAAUACUGAAACAAUUGAGUUGUCCCCUUCCAUUUUUAAUUGCUGUUCUUUGACAUCUCUUACUCUUUGCCUGCGGGAUGCAUAUAAACCUAGUACUACCAAAAUGUUUCCAAAAUCUUUGAACUUGCCGGCAUUGAAAACUUUAAAACUUGAGCAUUUCACUUUCCUUACUAGUGACAGUGGCUAUGCUGAUCCAUUUUCAACAUGUAAUAUGUUGAGUAAGUUGGCCAUUUUUUCUUGUGGUUUACAGGAUGAUGCGCAAGGCCUUUGCAUAUCCAAUUCUGAAGUUUCUAAUUUGGAAAUAGGUACAUUUAAGCCUCAUUAUUACAAAAUUCACAAAAUCAUACUUUGUACUCCAAAACUUACUUCUCUCGCAAUCAACGGCGAUCGUCCUACUUUCCCAGCCCCUUCUACAUGCAAUUUAACUUUGUUGGAAGAACUAAAAUUUGAUUGUUGGUUUGGGUAUACUAUGGGAGAAGGUAUCUUGAUUAGUUGGUUGCAUUUGCUUGCUAAAGUCCAGAUAAUUACUCUCAAUCACGGAAUCCUUGACUUUAUGGUUAAUGCUUUGAAAAAUAGUGGUUCAAUGAGAGCUCAACUUCCUAGUUUUGUUAAAUUGAAGUCACUGCAACUGGAAUCUCACCGAUGGAUAAGUGAUGAAAGAGCAAGAGAAAUGGAUGAUGCGCAAGACCUAUGCAUAUCCAAUUCUAAAGUUUCUAAUUUGGUCAUAGGCACAUGCACAUCUAUUCCUUGUUCCAAGUUCAAGGAUAGAAAAGGAAUCUAA